CUUUGUUGUCCAGUCAAAAAGUACACUUUUUUCACGCUCACGUCACGGCCGGACAAAAAAAGUUUUUAAUAGAAAAUUAGUGAUUUGUUAACAUGGCCGAGCCAUCCCAAUGUAAAACCAUGGUGCCAAUCAUUUAUCAGCAAAUUAUAGAAGACGUUAUAACCAAAGUCAAGGAAGAAUUCUUGGAAGAAGGAAUCGACGAACAUGUUUUGCAAGAGCUGAAGCAAAUCUGGCAAUCCAAACUAGCUGCCACUAACUGCGUACCCAAUGAGCCCGAUAAACAAAGCAGAGCAGCAAAUAGUUCAGAGCAAGUGGCAUCAUCAGAACCGCAACAGAUGGAACCGACUCAGUCUGUCGCUAUUGCUAGUACUAGUGGUACUGCUAGUGGAUUUGCACCAGACACAAAAAUGGUUCUGGUGGAUAUUACUUUGCCUUCUCAGAAUGGAGACCAAAGGGUGCUGAAGAUCAAGAUCCCAUCUACGGCACUCCAAGGAAACCAGCUCCAUAAUUUAUUAGCUGGAGCCCUGAAUGGUCCAGUUUUCCAGGCCAUAAUCAGCCUUCCACAUACGCUGGCAACCUCCAUAAUGCAACAAUAUAUUAAUGGUGCGUUACUUAGUCAACCAACUGCAACUUCUACUAAAAACCCUGCUCAAACUGACGGCGCGAUGAGCGAUUCCGAAAUAAAAACUGUUUUUCCCAACCAAAAGGGCCAAAACAAGAAGAUUGCCAAUAAAUUAAAUCAAGUAGAUGGUCAUGGGGAUAGUUCUUCAGACGAUAGUACAGAAGGAUCAGAUGUCGACGUCCAAGAUGAAGAAAUGGAAAAUAAAGGAAGUGAUGAAGGAAGCGAUGAAGAAUCUCUUAAUUCGGAUGACGAUGACGAAGAUUUCGAGGAUCAUUUUGAUACGGACAACAUUGUCGUUUGCCAAUUUGAAAAAGUGUAUCGCCAUCGGAACAAGUGGAGGUUCCAGUUCAAAGAUGGCAUUAUGAAUUUGAACGGAGUGGAUGGUGUUUUCCAUAAAGCCAGUGGCCAUACCGAAUGGUAGAUGGAGUUUGUAGAAGUGUUUUAUUUUGGGUUUCCUAGAAAUAUGUUUUGCGUUUUAGCUUGAGGGCUAAUUAGAAUAAAUUUUCUUCAUUAUAUUUCCUAAGUUUAUUUCCAGAAUUAUAUUUUUUAUUAAAUGAUAUGUUUUUUUUUUU